ACUGAGCCCAACUUACUUGCUUUAGGAGAGGGGUAGGAUAAGGCGUAAAGACAAGAGGACAGCUAUAGCGAGGUGGGAGGAAUCAACAGCACCACUCUGCUUUAGUCUCAGAAACCACUUCAGACAGAACACCCAGAAAGGCGGAACAGGAAGAGAAACGAUCUGGAUGGGACUGCGAAGGAGGGGAGCCGGGCUCCUCACUGUACCAAAAUAUUUCAGCUGAGCCGAUCAUUUCUGAGUCUAUCGUCGCCAGCAAUCCUCUGUCUAUCAUGAGUCUUUGGUGAGGAGUUACCAUUCCUAAUGAGAGCGGGGCGGCGGCGGCGGAAUGAGCGAGUUCACGUCGGCUUUUCGGAGGAGCUUCAGGCGCCUGACAUGGCAUGGGGGGCACAGCAGAUCCAGAACCCCCGGGGCAAGGACGUUACUGGGCACGGAGAGAGCAGGUAUCGAGAGGAGUAUUUCAGCUGAAGAGAAGAAACCAGAGCAGGACUCGUCCCGAUAUUCAGGGCAGUUCUUCUUCGAAUAUCUGGUAGUUGUUUCUCUGAAGAAGUCCGGAGUGACAUACGAACCACAGAUAGCGUACCAGUUUCCGAAGAGGGAGAAUCUGAUGCGUUCGCAGAAAGAGGAGGAGGAAAGCUUACUGAGGGCAAUCCCACUGUUUUGUUUUCCAGAUGGCAACACCUGGGCCCCACUCACUGAAUACGAGAGUGAAACCUUUUCGUUUGUCCUGACCAACGUCGAUGGCAGCAGGAAGUUUGGAUAUUGCAGACGCCUCUUGCCACGUGGAGGUGGGCCGAGGCUACCAGAGGUCUUCUGCAUCAUCAGCUGCCUGGGCUGUUUCGGCCUCUUCUCAAAGAUCCUGGACGAGGUCGAGAAGAGGAGGCAGAUCUCCCUGGCCGUGAUUUAUCCCUUCAUGCAGGGGCUGCGGGAAGCGGCAUUCCCAGCUCCAGGCAAAACGGUCUCCGUCAAAAGCUUCAUCCCGGAUUCAGGAACAGAGAUCAUUAACCUGACACGACCCUCUGACUCCCGCCUCGAACACGUCGACUUCUCCUCACUCUUCGAAUACCUAUCGGAGGAAAACGUCAUUGCAAUUUUUGCCUCGUUGCUACUGGAGAGACGAGUGAUAUUCCUGGCCGAGGAACUCAGUAUUCUGUCUCAGUGUAUCCACGCUGUCGCUGCCCUGCUGUACCCAUUCACCUGGCAGCAUACCUACAUCCCGGUGUUGCCCAAGGUCAUGCUCGACACUGUGUGCUCCCCAACGCCCUUUGUCGUGGGAGUACAGAGACAGUUUCGGGAACAGCUGGACGAACUGCCCAUUGAGGAGUGUUUAAUGGUGGACUUGCAUACAGGAGUGUUCUUGCAAAAAGUUGGUGAUGAGCAUGAUAUUCUGCCCCACAAGAUGUACAAGGAGCUUCUGAACUCUCUGCAGAGCCAGAGAAAGACUUGUCAGUGCAGCCAGGACUUAAACGACAUGGUGACAAACACCUUUGUGCUGUUCUUUGUUAAAGUCGUCGGGCAUUAUUCUGACCACCUUAAACGAAACCGGAGUGAAACUACAUUUCAAGAGAAGCAGUUUCGCAAAUCUGUCACCUCCAAAUCCAUCCGCAAGUUUCUCAAGAGCUUCAUGGCGACACAGAUGUUCUCGCUGUUCGUCCAGGAGCUACAAGGUCCUCCUUGUUCUCAGGAAGGGUUUUUUGAGAAGAAGAUAAAAGAACACCGCGAGAACAGAACUAAGGUAAAGUAGGGUACUUGCCAGUGAAGAAUGGAGCUGACACCAGGAGAACAGUGUGAUGUCAGCCUGCCACCUCAUGCCGAAAGUGGCCUAUCAGCAACAGGAGAACAGGUCACUUGGUCCUCAGGGUCAAACACGAAGGCACCUACCUCAGAAUCUUGUCAUCAUUGUGAGCAGCUUGUAAAUUUUGAAUGAUUGUAUUUAAAUUUACUAAUUUCAGAAAGGGCAGUUUGGGAAAAGGGCAAGUGAUGUGGUAUUGAUAUUCUUUGAAUGUCUUAAACAGUGGUUUUAUUGAAAUGUGUGUUUUUCCUCUUCUCAAACUUUUAUUUUGUCUCCUUUUUGUUUUAAAUGAAUGUGGAUUUGAUACCAGGCGAAUGUUUGAAUUCUGGAGUAAGAAAAAAAUAAAAUUGGAAAUGCCGAGCAGGGUGGGAGUGGCUCUGGAGAAAGAGCCCAGAGUUAAUAUUUUUAAUCCUUCAGAAUGAGGGAAAUAUAACAUGCAAUAUGUUUUACAGCAGUUGAAGGGACGGGGGCGGGGUGGGGGGGG